AUGAUUAAUGAUUUUUUACGUAUAUUUCAUGCACAAUCUUUUCAAUUACUAAAACGUUCGCUUGGCCGUCGAUGGCAAUCAUCUUCAUCUUAUGAUCCAAAAGAUAAUGAUUUAAUACCACCUACAACAUGUUGUAUGAGUAAUUGUGCAAAUUGUGUAUGGAUUGCAUUUGCUGAAGAAGUUGCACAACGUUAUCCUGAUGGACCCAUAGAAGCGAUAGAUGAUGUUUUAAAAAAAUAUAUUGAUGACAAAAGUUUUCGAGAAUUUUUGGAAUUCGAAAUUCAAGCACGAUUAAGGGGGAAGAAAUAG